AUGGCGUUCUUCUCCGAAAGCCACAUCCGCUCCCUUACCGCUAUCCUUGGUCACACAAGACUACGGGAUCUUCUCGAGGGCAUGGGGCAGCAUAUGCAUCAGCAUGUUCAUGACGCUGGAAUCAGGUUCCGCAGCCCGGAAUCUCCCGUCUAUGCUGCCCCCGAUGAUGCCGCUCGCUACAUAGCCGCAUAUUUUGAAGCCCUGCAUCCCAUUUCGCCUUUCCUCGAUCGCACUAAAUUCGAACAACAAGCUUUUGGACCUCGACUCGCGGAACUACUGGUAGAGAGUGCCCCAUUCAGUGCCUUAUAUCAUACUGUUCUGGCAUCAGGAUGUCAAUAUACUGAAGGUGGCUCCUUCAAGCCGGGGCAAGGGAAAGCGUGGAAGUAUUUUCAGGUGGCAUUAGGACUAUUCCCCAAUCUCCUUGGGCCUUCUGAAGGUUUGUUCAACGUUCAGGCACUGUUUGCGUCAAGUUUUUCCUGUGUGCAAAUAGGGGAAACCUUAAUCUCUGAGGCUGCAAGAAUGGUGCAAGUCCUAGGCUACAACGCAGCCUACAUACUGACAGAGGACGAAAAGCUUUGCCAUAGGGUGUUUUGGGUCAUAUAUUGGCAGGAACAAGUAACGUGCUUCUUUCGAGGACGUGCUUCGAUGAUCCCCGAGUAUGACAUUGGCUGCCCUGUGCCAGAUGUGCCCGAGGCGGUGGUCGGCCAGCUGGACUGGCUCUUAACCACCGCCCGCCUGGGCCGGUUGAUGUCACGAAUGUAUGAGCGUCUCUUCUCUGUGAGUGCGGCUCAGAUGCCCAAAGCGGAACGAAUUGCAGCCAUCAGUUCUAUGUCUGCCGAAUUAGAAGCAUGGGCUUCCUCCCUGAGCCCAGAAUUCCAGCCCAGUCAACCAUUUCGGUCUGCGAAUUUCAGCAACUCAUGUGCGCAUGAGAUGGGACUUCAAUUGCGCUCCAUUUAUCAUGCCUUGCUGAUGACCCUAUGUCGCCUUCGAAUCCAUCUCACCGCCGCCCAACCGGGUGAGCCUGACCAGGAAACCAAGCGCCAACUUAUGGAGACAGCGCGAGCCGUGAUCUAUGACUGCCGCCACAUCGAUCAUGAAGCUCAUGUGCCUGUGUGGGAGCUCGGCAUUGUUCCCAUCUCCGCAGUCUUUGUCAUUUUCGACUUCGUCAUCCACAAUCCUUUCCACGCAGAGACCAACACCAACCUUGCCUAUCUGGACAUAGCAGCCGGGUUUUUCAGUCGGUGGGAUCUCAGCAACAAAGGCUCCUUGCCGCCGUCGACACCCGCCGAGUUCUCGCAUAUCGCGCGAGAGUUCGUGCAGAAUCUACGCGCCAGGUCGCAGCAGCAGCCAGAUGCCUCAGGCAGCACCACCAACAGCAACCCCCAUCGCCGGCGAUCAGACCACAACGUACCACCGCUGGCUUACCAGCCAGUCCCCGACCCGCAAAGCGCUGGUGAUUCCAGCCACACGGCUAAUGAUGAAACAGUCUCCCUUACCGAAUAUCUCAAUACAUCAGCAGCGAACCCAGACCAUCUGUUCUACCCCGAAGAUCCACUGCAACCGAUCUUGGGCACUUCGAUGUUCCCGACCAUGGACCUGGCGUUCAUGUUCAAUGCUGCUCUGUGGAGUCCUCAAUCCUCAGGACCUUAGGUCGUCUAGCCUAUUGACGCAGAAGAGAAUUCGAAAUUUAAGAGAGUGAUUCGUUCGACAGUAUCGCUCACGGGGAAGUGACAACAGCCGCGACUCAACCCUCAUACCAGGACAGGGUCUUGUCUAUCGGUGUUGAGAUUUAAUAA